CCAUCUUAUGCUUAAGGUCAUAUUAACGUGUCCGUUAGCAUAUUAUCGAAAUGUCAAGUAGAAAACGAGAAAGAGAGCAAAGGGAGCAUAGUCGAGAACGAAAGAAGCAUAAAGGAUCAAAACAUGAGGUUGAAAAAUUCAAAAAACAAACGACAAAACUUUGCCAAGAGGUGCAAAAGAUCAAACACGUGGAGACGUUCUAUGAGAAUCCUCCCCCAGGACUUAUUAAGGAGGAUGAAACCCGACCUGAGGAUUGUAUUCCUGAUACACCGGGAAAUGAGGAAGCCAGGGACUUCCUGGCCCAUGCACCUACUAAAGGGCUUUGGAUGCCUUUGGGGAAGGAAGUCAAAGUCAUGCAGUGCUGGAGAUGUAAGCGCUAUGGCCACCGGACAGGAGACAGAGAGUGUCCUUUCUUUAUUAAAGGAAAUCAGAAACUUGAACAGUUCAGAGUUGCACACGAGGAUCCAAUGUACGACCUGAUAAGAGAAAACAAAAGGAAUGAAAAAGAGAGCAGGAUACAGCAGCUCAGGCAACUGCUCCAAGACACCACCUCCGACUCUGACUCCGACUCCGCUUCUAGUUCCUCGUCUUCUUCCUCUGACCGAGCCCGCAAGAAGAAGAAAAAGAAAGACAAGAAGAAGAAGGAAAAGAAAAAGCACAAGAAGAAAAAGAAGAAACAGCACAAGGCUAAAGGCAGUGACAACACAGACUCUGACUGAAUAAUGAAGAAAGAUUUGAAUCAGUUGGUGUUCAGCGGUACCAGCUUCAAACAAACAAACAAAAAAGAAGCUUGGUUACCUAGUAACCCUGCAGCUCUCAGUAUAAACUGGUGAACAGACAGUAGAUGUUGCUGACUCUCUUUACCUUAAAGCUCCCUGACCUAAGAGUCAAACCUGCUUAAUAAUGCAUGGAAUCUCUGCUUGGCCUGUCGCCAAGUGUGGUGAAGUUAGCAGGCAUCUUCAUCAGCCCUUUGUGACUAAAGGGAUACAGUCAGACUGUUGCAUGUGCAAUACUGGGAUACAAGCGUGACGACUUAAGAUUGUCUAUGUCAAAAGACGUUAUUCAUUCAUACUGGAUUGUUUUGUUUGCUGCAAAUGCUUUUACAAGACCAUUGCGUCUGGCAGUCAAGUGACUGUUGUGUCACUCAUCCCGUUCUCAACCUUCCUGUCAGACAAGUUUUUGAAAACAGAUGAUA